GUAGCUUCGUGACCGGGCCGUCGAUAGCACACGCUGCCUCUCGACCACACGUCUUCUUCCGUCGACCAUAGCCAUUUUCUUCUUUUUUAUUUUUUUGCUCCUUUUCUCUCUCUCUCUCUCUCUCUCUCUCUCUCUCUCUCUCUCUCUCUGUCUUGUCUUUCUGCCCUCGUUUUUGAAAAUAUCCGAAUAAUCGAAGCUCUCUGGUCAUAGACAUAGCUGCCUACCUACGUGAGCUACCUCGCGAGAUCCGAGGCAUAAUCCGCAAGAACAACGAACUGUUUUUCGAAUUGAAUCACAUAGAAGGAAGGCCGAGGCGAUAAAGGCGACGCGUGCGCGCGCGCGCGCACGCCUGCGAUGUUGAUGCGCAUUCCUCCAAUUAUUAGUCCAAUUCCGAUCGCGUUAGUCAUUCGUUUUCCCAUUAAAAGCUACGAAAUCAACGAAAUCGUUACUCUUUUGUCCGGAAUAUUUGGUUAAGGAAAAAUAACGAAGUAAACGGAGAAAAGUAUCGAGCAUGAAGAUAUUCGGAGAAUCUUCGAGGAGGACUACAAAGUGACGAUUACGAUCGGAAAAAUCGGUCGCUGACAAGCGGACUAUCGCGGUCGGUUCUAGAUCGCGCCUGAGGAAUAAAGGAAAAACGAAUACUCGUGAUUUCAGGGCUGAAGAGAUUUUUUUGUUCGAGAAAUGUGUUGGAUGAGAAAAACAUGAUGAGGUUCUCGUGCUUUCCAAGAGCGAGUAUUCUCAGUCAGCGUGGCAGCAUCAACUUUACGCACAAACACGAGCACGAUGGCGGAACGAGCGUAUCGAGCGUCGUCGUGAAUGGAAGCACGAGGAGUCCCAUCGCUACCAGUUACAAGCAAUCGGGCGAGCCGGAUCUGACUUAUGGCGUCAUACGUCCGCUUCCAAAUGCCAUCUCGUCUAAUGGAUCGGUUUGCUCGGCGGCAUCGACGAGUAAAAGUCGAGCAAGCGAACCUUCCCGGGUGCAGAGUCAUCGGGAGAAUUUGGAGAUUCGCGAGGAGAGAUCCGAGCAGGAUGACGGCUACGAGGAGGUAAAACCAGCUAAUCCCCGUGGCGGCGUGAUCGGGAGGACUCCUACGCCGCCUACCUCGGCGGCGCCUAUACCUACUUACGAAAAGGACGCCAGGAGCGCGAGACAGAUAAAGCGCGCCAUUUUGGAGAACGAGUUUCUUGGUAAUCUCGAGAACAGUCAGGUAGAGUCUCUCGUCUCGGCUAUGUAUCCGAAACAGUUCCCACCCAAUACGAUGGUUAUUCGCGAAGGAGAUAUAGGAUCUCAUUUGUACGUGUCGGCGGAAGGGGAGUUCGACAUAUACCAAGGUAGCAAGUUCCAACGAACCUUUGGCCCUGGCGUCGCAUUCGGAGAAAUAGCCUUGCUUUACAAUACGAAGAGACUUCGUUCGAUCGGAGUUAAGAAGUCCGGUAAGGUAUGGGUACUGGACAGAUCGGUCUUUCUAAUGGUGAUGAUGAGGAGCGCCCAAGAUCGGCUAGAGGGCAACAUCCGUUUCCUACAGCGAGUCUCCGUUCUUCAAAAGCUUCCAGAACCGAAGGAUCAGAUACUUUCAAAGAUCUCAGAUCUCAUAAGAGUGGAAUUCUUCCCGGCUGGCGCAAAAAUCCUUCGGCAGGGUGAAAAGGGCGACAAGUUCUUUAUAAUUAGCGGCGGAAACGUAAGAAUAACAAAGGACACCGAGUACGGCGACGAGGAGGAGCUUGUGGUACUCGGCAAAGGACAAUACUUUGGGGAGAAGGCUCUUUACGACGAUGAGGGAGAGCACCGUCGGCACGCGAACGCGAUCGCCCUUGCACCUGGCGUCGAGUGCCUUACCCUCGACGGAUCAUCCUUCCUCGAUUAUCUGGGCAGCCUCGAGGAGAUUCGCAACAAGGAUUGGCUCGACGAGUACGAGAAGCAAAAGUGCUCGCUGACGCCGAAAAAGUGGACGAACGAGUAUUCGAAUUUGACAUUGUUCGAUCUCGAAACGAGAGGGACGCUCGGCGUUGGCGGCUUCGGACGCGUCGAAUUGGUAACGUUAAAGUCCGAUCCCGACAAAAGUUUUGCCCUGAAGAAGCUCAAGAAAAAGGUUAUGGUCGAUCAGCAACAACAAGAGCACGUUCUCAACGAGAAGCACAUUAUGCAGGCCUGCGACUCGCCAUUCAUAUGCAAACUUUAUCAAACGUACAAGGACUCCAAGUACGUCUAUUUCCUUAUGGAAAUCUGUCUGGGUGGUGACGUAUGGACUACUCUACAAAAGAGACGAUUGUUCGACGACUCCACGGCACAGUUCAUGGUAGGUUGCGUCGUCGAGGCUCUAGAUCAUCUUCACUCCUUGAACAUCGUUUAUCGUGAUCUCAAGCCGGAAAAUCUGAUGCUCGACUCUCGUGGCUAUCUCAAACUGGUUGAUUUUGGAUUCAGCAAAAAGAUUGGUCCUGCCAAGACGUGGACCUUUGCAGGUACGCCCGAGUACGUUGCUCCGGAAAUAAUAUUGAACAAGGGACACGACAGGGCGGUGGAUUAUUGGGCACUCGGCAUCCUGACGCAUGAGCUUCUCGUUGGCAAACCACCGUUCCGUGCGGCCGAUCACAUGACGACGUACAACAAGAUUCUCAAGGGGAUCGAGGUCGUCGGUAUACCGAGCAUCAUUAACAAACAUGCCAAUCAAUUUAUUAAGAAGCUUCUACGGCAUUCCGCUUCCGAGAGAUUGGGCUAUCAAAGAAACGGCAUACAGGAUAUACGCGAUCACAAAUGGUUCUCCGGAUUUAAUUGGCAAGCUCUUCAGCGAUUAGCCUUACCUGCUCCUAUAGUGCCGACGGUGCGAAACCGCAUCGACACGCGAAACUUCGAAAGGUAUCCUCCAGAGCGAGAUAUUCCGCCAGACGAAUUUUCAGGUUGGGACAAGGACUUUUGAUCGGAAGGAAGAAUAUAUAUGUCUUUCGCCUCGAUCGUUGGAAGAGACUCUUUUGUAUUGUAAUGGCGCGCGUUCCUCGAUAAGAGAUAUUAAUCUAAGACGAUAAAAUUAUAAAUGACACACGAUGUAAACGCAUUCUUUUUGGGGAAGAAGGCGUAGAGAGAGAGAGAGAGAGAGAGAGAGAGAGAAAAAUCCUAGAUAAGCGAUAAGGAUUAUCUUGAUUACGAUAUCCGUUCUAUUGGCUUUUCCACAAUAGAACGCUUGAAAUAUUUAUAUAUAUAUAUAUAUAUAAUUGAAAGGCUUUCCUCAAACAAUCGUACUACACUUUUCAAAUGAUUCUUCUCCGUUGACACGCAUAAGGCGUAAAUAUAAAAUUAACAGUGAACAAUUAGAGAUAUUCUAACGUUACUUUUGAGAACGAUAUUCUCCGUUUGAAUAAAAUAUAAUGUCGAGAUUUUUCAAUGACUACGUCAUCUGUAGAUGUCCAUGGGAAUAUUAACGUUUUUCAAUAAAGAAUUUCAUUAAUAUA